AUGGGUCAAACAACAACAUUCAAAAUCAGUACUAUUCCUCCUUACUCAAUCACUCGAAGGUUUUCAAUUCCAACUUCAAAUAUUUCAUGGUACAAAUUUGAAACAAAAGUUCGAGAAAUAUUUCAAAUUAAUCCUAAUGUUCCAAUUGGUCUUACUUAUACAGAUGAAGAAGGAGACGAAAUCACUUUUUCUUCGGAAAUUGAAUUUCAAGAAAUUUUCGCAGCAUUAAAAUUAGAAAAUGGACUUGUGAAAGGAAACAAAAAAUUACAAGACAUUUAUAAUAAUAAUAGAAACACAUUAAUUAGAAGUAAAAGUGUAAAUAUUUUUAGAAAAGAUAAUAUGAUAAAAUCAGAGAAUGUGGAUUUAAAAAGGGGCGAUCAUUGUAUUGAUGUGGAAACUAUAUUUAAUACUGAAACCAAUGCAGAAAACAUUGAAAAUAAAGAUAAUCCUAAUUCCCAUACAGUGGUAAAGAAUGAGGUUAAAGUAAUUAAGUUUGGAUUGUUAAUUUUUUAUCCAGAAAAAGUGGAAAAAGUGGAAAAAAGGUCCCCAGUAUGCGCUCAACAAUAA